UAUGGAUGGAUCGAGCAAAAUAGUGUACUGAUAAACAAGACCACCAGAAAGUUUGAAAUGAACAGAGGAAUUAGGACAAAUACAAAGUGGCUGAGGAGACAACCGCCCUUUUUGCGUUGAAAGUAGGGCGCGGUCGCGGUCGCGGUCGCGGUCGCUGUCGAUCGGAACAAAGUUUGAAAGGAGACUGGACGGAAGCUUAUAGCUAUAGAUGAGGGGUUGAUGAAUGUCCUUUUCAAUGUUGGUGGAGCUUAAUGAGUUGAUUCACCGAAAGCUUAAGGUAAAGGACGACAGAUGCGUGAUUUAGGAACUCUCGAUCAGUUUUUUAGAUCUGAAUUUGUGUCAGAUCUGCUACAUUACAAUCUGCUAAAUGAGGACGAGGUAGCAUGGAUUAACGGCUCGUGGAGGUUAUCGCGAGAUGUUUAUAGAAGAAUCCUGCACGAUAUUGUAUUCGAGUUGAAUAAUAUUCAUUGUCAAGGAAAAACAUACGCAGUUGGUGAGAAUAAUGUUUGGCGGCAGAAGAUUGACGAUGCCAAGAUCUGUAUCUAUAGAAGAUCUGCGUUGCGUGGCAGACUUAUAAAAUUGUGCCCCCCUCAAUAUAGCAAUGAUCCUGUCAAUGUUCAACAUGACAUAAUCGACUUAAGGAGAGUUAUUAUUAAUUGUUGUAUAAUUGGAGAGCUGAAAAUGGAAUUAAUGCCUGAUGAGGAAGAGAUCAUAGGAGUACUAUCAGGAGUACUAUUUGAUCCGAAUUUCCACAUAGAAAGGGUAAUAAACCACUUUUUCUUUUUCUCGAAAUUAGCCUGGGUCCAUUUCAUGUGCGCUCUCUCUUCACUAGUUAAAGAUGCAAACCAGUUUGACCUUUGCAAUAGGCUUGAGAAAAGGAAGAGAGAAGUCUUCACUAAGUUUUGGGAUACAAAAGAGGACCCAAAAACAAGAGAAAGAAUUCCAGUGUUUACCGAUGAAGAAAUUGACGUCUUAGGGAACUUGGGUGAUGGGAAAAGCCUGGUAAGCCUUGUGGUUCUCUUCGGAAAUAAAGUUGAGCACGCUCGGGACGAUACAAAGCACAUAAUAGGUGAUAGUUAUGAGAAGAUUUAUGACUUUUUCAUUCGCCACUUUCCUCGACUUCCUGUUGUAUGUGCAAGUACUCUUACGGAUGAGGAUUGGCAGGAUGAGCUCCUGAAUGUUCACAAACACUACAACUCAACAUAUAGAUGAGAUAACAGAGCAGCAGGUCCACACAUGGUUGUUGGAUGCCAAUCAAUUCCUUGCUGAUGAGAAGACUAACAAUACUCAUAGUUGGCGAGUUUCUAGUGCACUGUUACGGGAAGAGGUGAUGAACAGUUUGUGUAUGCGGCUCCGAAGGCAAUUGAUUGGGAUGUGCCUCGGGUAAAACCAGGUGCUGGUCAAGAACUUUCACAGUUUGUAACUGAUGCAGACUCUGGAGUCAUUUGAAGGACACAAAAAAAAUUAAGCAUGUGUGGCCUUAAAAUGCAAUUUCAUGUAACUAUAAAUGCACUUUAAGAAACUCUAAUUAAGCAACAAAUCACUUAUUCAUCAUUCUUAUGAACAAAUCUUAAAUACU